AUGCCUAAAUGGAGUGUAAACCUCAAUCUUCUUGCUUAUGCUGAUGAUACCAUCAUCUUUGCAUCAGCUGAUAAACUUUCAUUGGAACUGAAUAUGAAUGUUUUGAGAGAUUAUGAAAAGUUGUCAGGUCAGUUGAUAAAUAGAGAGAAAAGUUUCUUUUACAUGCUUCUGAAAUCAGAAGUGCAGUUAUGUCAAGAAGUUGAGCAGGUAACUGGUUUUAAAAGAGGCAUGUUUCCCUUCAAAUAUCUUGGCUGUCCUAUCUUCCACUUUAGAAAAAGGAAAUUUUAUUAUUAUGAUCUAAUUAAGAGGGUGAAUGAUAGGCUGCAGAACUGGAAAGGAAAGUUGUUAUCAUUUGGAGGGAAGGCAGUUCUUAUCAACAGUGUCUUACAAAGUAUGCCAAUGUACCUUCUAUCUGCAAUGGCACCUACUACGUACACACUAAAUGAACUACAUAAAAUCUUUGCAAGAUUUUAUUGGAGUAAUAAAUACGGCAACGGUAGACAAUCGGUCGGCUUUGAAAGUGUGCGUUCUAAAAGUGAGGGAGGAUUGGGAUUUAGGUCCCUUUUUGAUGUAUCAAAAGCUUUAUUCACUAAGCUAUGGUGGAGAUUCAGAACUUCUGGCACCUUGUGGUCAACAUUCAUGUGGAAUAAGUACUGUAAGAAACAUAUUACAACUAGCGUUCAAUGGAAAGAAGGCUCACAAUUAUGGAAGAAGAUGCUAGAAUCAAGAGAUGCUAUAAAAGGGGAGAUCUGUGUUCAGGAGGCUGCAGAUGUGAUGGAGAAUGGGACUUGGAAUUAUCAGACAUUGUAA